AUGGAGGCGGACAUGGAAGCAGCAAACGCUGCUGGCGCCUGCCCCUCCGGCGUGCCUCUUCCGCCCCUUGACCACUUCCACCUCUCCCCGUUCGCUGCCGACCUCAAGCGCUCCGGCACCAAGGCCACCAAGGAGAAAGAGAAGGAGCGCGACCACCCGAGAGACCACGAGUCGCCCGACGUGGCCAAAGCGGUGGAGAUAGGGCGCCGGGCAGAGACCAACCUGGGGCUGGAGCUCCGUUCUGAUGGCGAGGUCCCUCGCUUCCCCUCCCGCCCCGCCAAGCCGGCCAAUACUCCGCUCGCACUCCGGCUGGUGGAGGGAGUGCAUGUGCACCUGCUUCCGCUGCUCGCCUCCGUCUCUCCGGAGGUGUGCCUGAGGGUGGCAAACAAAUACGGCAAGGCCACCAGACGCAUGCUCGACGGCCGCGCAACGGCGGAGCUGAGCCAGACCGUGGACGACCUGCUGGACUACCUGCUCAGAGAAGCAACCAGCCCAGAGCCCACGGCGCGGGCCUGCGCGCUGGCCAUCAUCCUCUCCCGCAUCUCGGCCCAGUGGACGGCGUACAACCUCAAGUUUCGGCGCAGUAGUGGCGCGUCGGCGGUCAAGGGCACCACGGAACUGCUGACCCUGUGCCGGCAGGUGUACCUGCCCCUCAUCGAACACCUCGCCUCCAUGCAUCGCUCCCUCGCCAUCCGCUUGCUGGGCGAUCUGUCCCUGUUGCUGGAGGCGCCCACUUUCACGCGCAAAGCCGCUGCGGAGGACCCGUCUCUCGACCUCCUCAUUGCCCAUCUCACCAAACUUCUCGACACGCCCGACUCACAUGUGCACAGUCUGGCUCUCACGAGCAUGCUGCGACUGACGGCCGCGCGCGGGUCGCUGAAGGGCGUGCUUGCCCUCCUCUACAUGCUGCUCACCGAGCCACGCUUCGCCGAGGCGAGCUACGACGCCACCAUCGACAUCGAGGCCGUCCUGCAGACCUUCGCCCCGGAUGGUUUCACCAAAAUGGCCCACGUGGUCACCCGGGCCAAGGCAGCGGCCGCGGUGGCCUUCGACGGGCAGUACCUCUACGUGCACCACGGCGCGUCCCCCACCAGCGAGCUCCUCAAGGUCGGCACCGGCCACCGAGGCACGGUGCUCAACCACGUCUACGCCCGCAGCAGCGGGGUGCCGGAGGUGCAGGCCUCGUCCGCGGGCGUCCACAUGGCCGUGGUCGACGGCCGGCUCUACUUCCGGUCCCCUCAGUUCGUGGAGCCCCUGUGCCUUCUCGUCUUCGACGCGGACACCCUCCAGCUACGCGACAGAGUGCACCACGAUGGCACGGGUUCGAUUGCCACGGAGGACAACCGCGCGUGGGGCCUCGCCUCGUACGGACCCAUCGCCGCAUGCGGGCAACUCCUCUACCACAUCCACACCACCCGGCCUGCCGAGGAGCAGCGGCAGCAGCAGGAGUCCUCCACCAUGGACCUGGAGAGCGCGGAGCCUUCGCAGAAGCAGAAGCGCGCGCAGUGGCUGGUGGACGUGUACCAGACGCCGGGCAUGCAGCACUACCCGCUGUUCCGCCCCGCCCCGCAGAACGCCAGCUUCAAGCAGCCCUUCGAGCCCACCCCGCACCCGGACAAGGCCAAUGGCCUGGGGGGCAUGUUCGAGGUGAUCACCGCCAUGCCCCGCUACCAGGCCUUCUCCUUCGAGGAGCUCCGCUGGGAGGCCACCUCCCACCUACGCGCUCCCGUGGACACCACCCAGGUGGACGAGGCGAUCUUGGCGGACGGACACUUCUUCGUGGAGCAGGAGGGGGCGCGGCUCGUCAUCCAUCUCCCCUCGCCCACCACCUCCCACUCGGUGUACCGGUGCGUGGACCUGGCUGAGGGGUCCGUUGUCGCCGACCUCAUGUUCGAGCGCGCCUCCACCACGCGCCCCAGCCUCAUCGACUACGCCGGGUGGCCGUGCCUGUCGCACCCGGAGGUGGUGCUGGCCUCGCCGGCACUCCACAAGGGCGCCCUCCGUCUGCCUCGCGCCGUCCUCUCCACCUUUGCCGUCCUCGACAAGCUCGCCUUCGACACGUAG